AUGGCUGAGCUGGAUUUAUUUUCAGCUCCCAUGACGCAGUUGUCUAUCGACGAGAAACUCUACACAGAGGUCAUGCCUCUGUCGGCCAUUACAGAUACAGGUCCUAUAGAGUUUUUUAUACCAGGGGACGGUGAAAAAUAUUUGGAUCUAAAUGACACCUUGCUCCAUCUCAGGGUGCAAAUUACCAACGCCGACGGCACAAACCUAGUGGUCGAUGCCCCUGUAGGGUUAAUCAAUUACCCUCUGAAUACAAUCUUCAGCCAAUGCGAUAUUAUUCUGGGGGAUAGACUGAUAUCACAGUCCAGCGCCACUCAUCCUUACAGGGCUAUGAUUGAAGCCCUGCUCAACUUUUCAGAAGCUACUCUACAAACACAGUUUAGCUCAGGGCUGUUUUACAAAGACACCGCCGGCUCUAUGGACUCUGUGGUGACCGUCAAUGGUCCCAAUCGCGGUCUACGCAGCAGAGCCGAAUUUACAGAGCACUCCAGAGAGCUCCACCUGUUGGGACCUCUCCACGCUGAUAUAUUAUUCAGCGAGAGGCUCCUUUUGAACUCUGUGGACUUGAGAAUUAAGCUGACCAGAGUGUCCGACUCCUUUUGUCUCAUGGGUGCUGCCAACAGCACCUUCCGUCUGAAAAUACUGGGGGCUGCUCUGUUUAUGAAAAAAGUCACCGUUUCUCCACCCGUGCGUUUGGGUCACGCAGCCGCCUUGAUGAAGGGCAACGCUCUCUACCCUCUGUCACGGGUGAACGUGAAAACCUACUCCAUCCCGCAAAACUCGAGGAUAUGCAACCAGGAGAACCUCUUUCUGGGUACUAUGCCAAAGUAUGUGGUGAUAGGCAUGGUACACCACGAAGCUUUUACGGGGAGCAGGGAUCUGUCUCCUUUCAAUUUCAUCCAUAACGAUGUGGAAUACCUGGCCUUGUGUCAGGAUGGAAGACAGGUGCCGGCCAAAGCUUUUCAGCCUCAAUUUAACAACAGUGUGUCUGUCAGAGAGUUUUACAACAUGUUUACAGCUACAGGGAGACACUUGAAGGAUUUACCUCUGAGCAUCAACAGGAGAGAGUUUGAACAAGGAUACUCUCUGUUUGUCUUUAAUCUCAACGCCGGGGAGGAUGCUGACGCCCUAUCCCCCGUCUCCAACGGGAAUUUAAGGCUGGAGAUGAGAUUCAGAGUCCCUUUACCUCAGACCACUACACUGAUUGUGUACGCCUGCUACGAGUCUAUUUUGGAGAUCAACUCUAAAAGGCAGGUCAUGGUGGAUUAUUACUAA